GCAGCUCCACCACCUCCUCCCUUGGCCUUGACCGGCCAGACCCAACAGACAGCGCAGACUGGGCAGCGGCCGGGUGCACUCUGCUACAACGCGUUCUCUGCGGUUCGUCCCGCUCCGGCCGCCGUAAACACCCCAACCAAGACAACUAGUUCUCCGAGCCCGAAAAUGAAGUUAAAAGAAAUAGAACGAUCUGCUGUCCAAUCCUGGAGUCCAGCCAAACAACAUCCGAUUUACUUAGCUACAGGUACAUCUGCACAACAGCUCGAUGCCUCUUUUAACACUAGUGCAGCCCUUGAGAUAUUUGAGGUGGAUUUUGGAGAUCCUCAUCCUGAAAUGAAACGUAAAGGUGUCUUUCCUGCAGAUAACAGAUUUCAUAAGAUCAUCUGGGGCAGCUUUGAAGGGGAUUCAGUUGGCCCUUCUGGAGUGAUUGUAGGUGGUGGAGAUAAUGGAGAAAUAACAUUAUACAGUACUUCACAAAUCUUGACAUCUGGGAAAGAACCGGUUAUCGCUAAGAAUGGAAAACACACAGGCCCUGUCCGUGCACUUGACCUAAACCCAUAUCAGAACAAUCUUCUGGCUUCUGGUGCCAAUGAUUCUGAAGUUUUCAUAUGGGACCUAAAUAAUUUCAGUGUGCCAAUGACCCCAGGAGCAAAAUCCCAGCCUGUAGAAGACAUUAGUGCAGUUUCAUGGAACCAACAGGUUCAACACAUAUUAUCCUCUGCACAUCCUAGUGGUAAAGCGGUGGUAUGGGAUCUUCGUAAGAAUGAACCAGUUAUUAAAGUCAGUGACCACAGUAACAGAAUGCACCUUUCAGGAAUGUUGUGGCACCCAGAGGUAGCAACUCAGCUUGUCCUUUCUUCUGAAGAUGACCGUUUACCAGUCAUUCAAGUUUGGGAUCUUCGCUUUGCUAGUUCCCCACUGAAAAUGCUAGAGAAUCACACAAGGGGAAUUCUGUCAAUUUCGUGGAGCAAAGAUGACCCCGAACUACUACUUAGUAGUUCAAAGGACCAUCGUAUACUAUGCUGGAAUCCAAGCACAAGUGAAGUGGUAUAUGAACUGCCAGUCAGAAACCAGUGGUGCUUUGAUGUCCAGUGGUGUCCACGGAAUCCAUCUGUUUUCUCUGCUGCAUCUUUUGAUGGUUGGAUCAGCGUAUACUCUGUCAUGGGUGGAAGUUUAGAAGCUCAGCAGAGGAGCCAAGCUGAACGGAUAUCUUCCUCUUUCAACAACUUGGAUCCAUUUGGAACAGGACAACCUCUACCUCCUCUUCAAGUGCCACAGCAGGCCACACAGACCACUUUAGUUGCGCCUUUAAAAAAGCCUCCUCGCUGGAUUAGAAGACCGGUUGGAGUGUCUUUUGCGUUUGGGGGGAAAAUGGUUACAUUUGACUGUCCUAAAGCAGCUCCGCAACAAACGCAAGACCCCACGCAUCACCAAGUAUACAUCAGUCAGGUGACCACAGAAAAGGAGUUCUUAACACGGUCUAGUGAUUUACAAGCAGCUCUGCUGUCUGGCAAUCUCUUGGGCUUUUGCCAAAGUAAAGUUCAAAACUCUUCAAGUGCUUUUGAUAAGAGUAUCUGGAACUUCCUCAAGGUUAACUUUGAACAGGAUGCAAGAGAAAAAUUCUUGAAAUUACUGGGAUAUAGCAAGGAAGAGCUGGAUAAGAAGAUCUCCAUUGCUUUGGGAAAUGGUUUGCAAAAUAAAAAUAGCCCAUCAGAAGGAGAGGAUCUUGUACAGAGCAUCCAGUCUGUUUCUAGCCAGGCUUCAAGUAGCUUUACUGGGCAAACUGUGUCCUCCUCCUCCUCCAUGGAGUUUUUUAAUCUACCUCCUCAAGAGACCACCAAGUUUGAUAUCCCUGUAACAUCAGACACAGAUGGCCUGAUAAGCCAGGCACUGCUAAUGGGAAACUUUGAGGCAGCGGUGGACUUGUGCUUGAAGGAUGGUCGCUAUGCUGAUGCCAUUAUUUUGGCUAAUGCUGGAGGGGAAGACUUGCUGAGAGAGACCCAACAGUGGUACUUCGCUCACCAGAAAAAUAAAAUUACUACACUCCUCUCUGCUGUAGUCCAACACAAGUGGAGAGAUGUAGUUCUCAGCUGUAACCUGCAGAGCUGGAAAGAAGCAUUAGCUCUGCUGUUGACAUAUUCCAAACCAGAAGAAUAUGCAGAACUUUGUGAUGCUCUUGGAAACCGCUUGGAGUCAGAAGGAGAGGGGAAGAUGUCCUCCCAGGCUUGUUUGUGCUUCAUAUCCUCGGGAAAUGUGGACCGGCUGACCGAGUGUUGGGUUAAAAGCCAUGAAACUUCAUCACCUCUUGCGCUGCAGGACUUGGUGGAGAAGGUCAUGGUAUUAAGGAAAUCCAUCGAGUUACUCCAAGGGUCAGAUCUGCCACUGAAAGGGCCUGUGUUAGCAGACAAGGUAGCACAAUAUGCCAGUCUCCUGGCAUCUCAGGGUAACCUAACUGCUGCCAUGAGCUACUUGCCUAGUGACUCUGAGGAGAGUACAGUAUGUGAACUUCGAGAUCGUCUUUUGAAUGCUCAGGGACAGGCUGCAAAUAGGCAGAAAAAUCCUUUAAAGACAACAAGUACCUAUCCAUCACCUACUGCCAAACCAAGCAGAGCAUCAGAAGGCUUCUUGUACAAAGAAGGAAGCAAACAGGCUUUAUCCCAGUCUCCAGUUAGGACUGCAUUUCCAUAUCUGCCCACAGUGCCUUCGCAAUUCAUACCUCAGCCAAUGCCUGCAACAGUGCCGCCCCCUCCAUCCAUUCCAUUCCAGCCUUCCUCUGGUUCAUCCUCUAAUAUCCAUCAUCGAUACGGAGUCUGGCAGCCUUAUCCAGGAUCACAAUCCCAGUCAUCUGUGCCAGGAAAUAUACAGCCUCCACCAUUGAAGCAAACCCCUCCUAUAUCAAGCCAUACUACAUUUCAACCAGCUGCGGCUCCUCUUGAUGUCCCUAUGAAUGUACCUGGAGUAUCUAGUAGUACCUACCCUCAACCCUUCAUUCCUACUUUACACCCAUCUACUUAUCAUCCUGCUUCACGACCAGGCAUAAGUCAGCUUUCAGCACCACCCUCUAUGACUGCAUCCCAUGCUUCUUUUAACUACCAACCAGACAUGAGAUUUCAUGAGGGAGGACCUGGAGCACCUACCAUCUUGCCACCACCUCCAACAGGGUCAUUUCCCUGGCUGGAGAACAGGCAAGAUCCUGCAGCAGGUGAACAGGAAGGCUGGACAGAUGCCUGCUCUAUGAAAUCUGGUAUGCAAUGGAAGAAGCCAAACCCCUUGAUCGCUCCAGCUCCUAUUACAACUCCAGUGAUGAAGCUGCCUUCUGAGCCAGAAACCCUUCAGCCUCACGGGAGCAGCAAUCUGGAUCCCAGUCAGACUCCUCCUGGAGCACCUAAGGAAGCAAGCAUGCAGUUUCACCGGAUGCCAGUUGAAAAAUUAGAAAAAAAAGAAUUGCCCGCAGAGCAUCUACCGCUACAAAGAACAUUCACUGGUCUGGUUCUGCGCUGCUCUGCAGUGGCAUCUGACCCAAAAACUAAACGGAAGCUUGAGGAUGCAUUGCAGAGGUUGGAGUGUUUGUAUGACAAGCUGAGAGAGAAUACUCUAUCACCGAAUAUUUUGACUGGGCUAAAUGACAUUGCCUGUUGUAUGGAGAGUCGCAAUUACCAGCAAGGACUUGCUGUACACACACAGGUGGUCAGUGGCAGCAACUUCAGUGAAGUUUCCGGUUUCAUGCCCAUUUUAAAGGUCCUUAUGACGAUCGCCAGCAAGUUGGGAGUGUAGCACUGAAAACUGAUACGGACAUUACAGGUGCACACUCGGGAAGUGGCAAAGUAAAGCCUUUUGUACUGUAGAAUGGGUAAAUCGUUUGUACCAUACUGUGCCAAUUUCUCAGUCAUCAGGUGCUUUCUCAUAUACAAACAGUACAUGAGGAAGCAAUGCAAUACAUUAUUCUCCAUAUAGAUUACUGAAUAAAUUGAAAAGGUUGCUAAAACUAGCACCAACUUCUUUAUGGUGCUUUACAGAACCAAAAAAGAAAAGUACAAUACUUAUCACAGUCUUAAAUAGAUUGCCACAAAUUCAGUGUGUGCAUGGAAUGUUAUGGCUCAUGGUCAGGACAAAAUUCUGAUUGGACAUACUAUUUGUGCAAAAAGGCUACAACGAUGCAAGGGAGCAGACGUCUGCUUCCAAAGACAAUCUGGAUUCCCUAUUAAUUGUUUGUAUGACAUAGGUCUUUAAAGGCGUUAUCCUAAGAUUAAAUGUUAUCAUCUAUCCACAAAAUAGAGGCUAAACAGCUAAUGGAUAGAGGUCUGAUGGCUGGGACCCCCACCAAUCGUGAGAAUGGAGGUUAGAUGUCCCUAAGUGAAUAAAGAAGCACUGCACAUGCUCGGCCACUGCUCCUUUCACUCUAGAAGACUUCUGAAGUUUGCCAAGAGCUGAAUGUCCAGAAUUUGCAAUAAAGACAGUGAAUUGGAGCAGUAGCCAAGCAUGUGUGGGGGGAAAUUUUACCUCUAAUCUUGUGAUUGGUGACGACUUCCACCUAUCCGCUAUAUGUCCCCUAUCCUUUUGGCAGGGAAUAUCUUUUAAUAUUGGGAUAGCCACUUUAAAAUCUUUGGCUUUGCGGUGAUUAUUAAGAAGAUCUGGAGAGGAAAUGAAUAUUAUACUCCUUGCCUGCUUUUUCUGUACUGUAUAUGCAGCAGGGCUUUUGUUUGGUUUGAUGCUAUUAUUUGGUGGCUAGUGCUGGUUGUAAUAGCCUUCAGAGAUGUUGGAUUGGCAGAUAAUGUUUAGUCUCAGAUAAUAUAUUAAAGAAAUGUUACUAUAAUAUAUUAAUAAAAUGCAGCCAUGCAGGAAUUACAACCAGCAGUGUAGACACUUUAAGCCUCAUUAUGUAAGAAUACGAUGUGUUUGUAAUAUACAGUAUACACUCAGGUAGCUACUGCAGUGUCUAUCGUUUUAAGUUAUUGUGUUAUUUAAGAUCUGUUUAUAAAAGCACAACAUACUGAAUAAACCAUUUAACAUUACUCUUACUACUUCAUUGGAUGCAGUGGAUUGUCUAAAACAAAUCUGUCACCUCUCCUGACAUAUCUGCUUUAUUGAAUAUAACUGGUUUUCCCCGGAAAAUGAUUAAACUGAAUUAUGAAUCUAUGAUGCCGAUGACAAAGGAGAGCUGACAAACUGGUGCCAAAGAGUUAAACAGAUUUGUAAAUUACUGUCUGACCACAGUGCCCUCUGCGGUCACCUCUGUUCAUGUCAAGAACUGUCCAGUGUAGGAGUGAAUCCCCAUAGCAAACCUCUAAUGCUCUGGACAGUCCCUGACACGGACAGAGGUAUCAGCAGAGAGCACUGUGGUCACACUGAAAAGAACAAUACAACUUUCUCUGGAGCAUACAGCAGCUAAGUACUGGAAGAAUUAAGAUUUUUAAAUAGAAAUAAUAUACAAAUAUGUCUAACUUUUUGGCACUAGUUGAUUUAAAAAAAAAAAAAAAUUCCACCGGAGGACCCCUUUAAAUGAUUUUUACAGGGUUGUUUUUAUAUUGGUGUUAAAAUAAAUUGUAGGCUGCUUCUUCCCAUACAGAAUA